CCGCGUCGCUCCGCCCAGGGGCGGGCCGCGGCCUGGUUCCGGCUGUGGCCGCGGUUCUUUGGCCGUGGAGCCAUGGAGGAUGCGGAUUACUUCGAGGGCGGCGCGGCGGAGUGGGGCAACGAAGCGGACGGAGGAGCGCAAGAUGAUGAGGAUGGGGAGGGAGAAGAUGAUGCUGAAGUCCAGCAGGAGUGCCUGAAGAAGUUUUCAACCCCUGACUACAUCAUGGAGCCGUCGAUAUUUAACACACUGAAAAGGUAUUUCCAAGCAGGAGGUUCUCCAGAGAAUGUUAUCCAACUUCUGUCUGAAAACUACACGGCAGUGGCACAGACGGUGAACCUGCUGGCAGAGUGGCUCAUUCAGACAGGUGUUGAGCCAGUGCAAGUUCAGGAGACCGUAGAAAACCACUUGAAGAGCUUACUGAUCAAGCACUUUGACCCUCGGAAAGCAGAUUCCAUCUUUACAGAGGAAGGAGAGACUCCAGCUUGGCUUGAGCAAAUGAUAGCACAUACAACAUGGAGAGAUCUCUUCUACAAGUUGGCAGAAGCCCAUCCAGACUGUUUAAUGCUUAAUUUUACUGUGAAGCUUAUAUCUGACGCUGGUUAUCAAGGAGAAAUAACCAGUGUUUCAACAGCCUGUCAGCAACUGGAGGUGUUUUCCAGAGUUCUGCGUACAUCUCUGGCAACAAUUUUAGAUGGAGGGGAAGAAAACCUUGAAAAAAACCUCCCAGAGUUCGCUAAGAUGGUGUGCCACGGAGAGCACACGUACCUUUUUGCUCAAUCUAUGAUGUCCAUAUUGGCUCAAGAAGAGCAAGGAGGGUCUGCUGUCAGGCGGAUCGCCCAGGAGGUUCAGCGAUAUGCUCAUGAGAAAGGCCACGAUGCCAGUCAGAUCACUUUAGCACUGGGUACUGCAGCCUCCUACCCUCGUGCCUGCCAGGCUCUCGGUGCAAUGCUGUCCAAAGGAGCUCUGAAUCCAGCAGAUAUUACUGUCUUGUUCAAAAUGUUUACCAGCAUGGACCCACCUCCAGUAGAACUGAUCCGAGUGCCUGCCUUUCUGGACCUCUUCAUGCAGUCACUGUUUAAGCCAGGUGCUAAGAUCAACCAGGACCACAAGCAUAAAUACAUUCACAUACUGGCAUAUGCAGCCAGUGUAGUGGAGAUGUGGAAAAAGAACAAGAGAGUGAGCAUAAACAAGGAUGAGCUGAAAUCAACUUCAAAAGCCAUUGAAACUGUUCACAAUCUGUGUUGCAAUGAGAACAAAGGAGCAUCAGAAUUGGUUGCAGAGCUGAGCACCCUUUAUCAGUGCAUCAGGUUUCCAGUGGUGGCAAUGGGUGUAUUAAAGUGGGUGGAUUGGACAGUGUCAGAGCCCCGGUACUUCCAGCUGCAGACUGAUCACACUCCUGUUCAUCUGGCAUUAUUGGAUGAGAUCAGUACGUGCCAUCAGCUGCUUCAUCCACAGGUUUUACAGCUUCUUGUCAAACUCUUUGAAACAGAACAUUCACAGCUUGACGUAAUGGAGCAGCUGGAACUGAAGAAGACUCUCUUGGAUAGAAUGGUGCACUUACUUAGUCGAGGAUACGUCCUGCCUGUGGUCAGCUAUAUCCGCAAAUGCCUGGAGAAGUUAGACACAGAUAUCUCUCUCAUCAGAUACUUUGUUACAGAGGUGCUGGAUGUGAUUGCUCCUCCUUAUACCUCAGAUUUCGUACAGCUUUUUCUUCCAAUCUUGGAGAAUGAAAGUAUUGCAGGUACUAUUAAAACAGAAGGUGAACAUGAUCCUGUCACUGAGUUUAUAGCUCACUGCAAAUCUAACUUUAUCGUGAUGAACUAAGCAGUGGAAAAGUCAAGAAUGCAGAGCACGUGGUCGCUGCUCUGACACAUUCUCCACCAGUGAGGUUCUGUAACUGGGCAACCCAGCAACAAAAAAAAAAAGGAAGAAAGGGCUGAAGGGCAUUUGAUUUGCAUGGUGACCUUAAGCCUUCUGUCAGCGGAUUGUUAAUGCAAUUGGGAAGAUGAAACAAUACUGAAGGAUUCUCUAAUGUUAAAUAGCAUAAAUCUGAAUAUUCUGAAGAGGGCAGCAGAAGGCAGACUUGUCUCAAAGAAUGUUCUUUUCAGCUACUUGCAGAACUUGUCUCUGACUCUGUGUAACAUAUAUGAAAACCUGAAGAACGGGGCAGGUAGUUCCACUAAAAACAUUUUUCAGAUAGUUCUCUGAUGAUUAAAUCUUGAAUGCUGUCAGCUUUCAUCUUGUGAGCCUAAAAAAGGAAAAAAUCUGUGUACUUAGUUCUGUGCUGCAGAGAAUCCAUAACGCCUCUCCCUCACCUUUGUGUUAUAUUAGAAUUCUAAAUAUGCUACACACAUACUGCAAUGAAAAAAACCCACAUUUUAGGUAAUACAGAUGGAGUUGGAGCAAUCAGGGUUAGUUUUGUAUUAACACAUGAAUCUGAUGUGAGAGUGGUAUCCUUCAGAAUCUAUUUUUUGUUAAAUAGAUGCACUAAAUGUUACUGGUAAGUUUCAUUACCACAUCAGAAUUCUGUUGCUGUCUGAAAAAUAAGCGUGCAAAAAUGUUACUGUGAUGUGACUUGGUUUUUUUUUAAUACUUAUCUCUACUCUGUUCUGGUUGAUGCUGAACAGUGGGGGAUUAGCCCAAGAUUUUAAUGUCUCUUUAAAUAAAGGUCUGUUCUUUUCCAGAGA